AUGUCAUCAAUGAUUCAAAAUACUUCGAAUAUUUCCUCAACUUUUCCUUCUGAAUUGCUGCUUCCACAAGCAUCGAUUCAUCGUCCAAUUGCUAUCAAUCCAACCACAAUGUUCCCUUUGAAAUUCGAACUUCCACUUCCGAUUCCCAACUUCGAAUCUUCAACCACUUCUAGCUCGAGAUGCUCUUCCACCGAAAGCUCAAACGCUCCUGGAAAAAUCCGUCGUGGUCGUCCCCAACAAGAAAUUGCCGAUGGACAAGAUGCUCACAGCCAAAAGAAGCGUCAUCGUCGUCUUUAUGCUCGUCAAUACCGUGCUCAGAUGCGCCAAAAAGUUGAAAAUGUGAAAAGUCUUCAUGAUGAGAAAGAGCAAUUGGAGACAGAAGUCAAAACGCUCCGACAAGCAGUCCUUGCACUCCAACAGGAAAUCGCCCAAAAAGACUUUGUCAUCAGUUUUAUGCAUCUCAACAAUCAAUUCAACCUGUCCACUUAA